GCAGAGGGCCCGAGCCCGCUGACAUUCUCGGUGGCGGUGGCUGCGGCGGCCCUGGGCUGCGGGGAAUGGGUGUCCUAGGGCCCUGACUGAGCACCGCCCCCGCCUCCCUGCCCCCGACAUGGCUCAGGAGAAGAUGGAGCUGGACCUGGAGCUGCCUCCGGGUGCAGGCGGGAGCCCGGCGGAGGGCGGCGGCGGGGGCCUGCGGAGGUCUAACAGCGCCCCCCUGAUCCACGGCCUCAGUGACACCUCGCCGGUGUUCCAGGCCGAGGCGCCGAGCGCCAGGCGGAACAGCACGACGUUCCCGAGCCGCCACGGCCUGCUGCUGCCCGCCUCGCCCGUCCGCAUGCACAGCAGCCGCCUACACCAGAUCAAGCAGGAGGAGGGCAUGGACCUCAUCAACCGCGAGACGGUGCACGAGCGCGAGGUGCAGACCGCAAUGCAGAUAAGCCACUCCUGGGAGGAAAGUUUCAGCCUGAGUGACAACGACGUGGAGAAGUCCGCCUCCCCGAAGCGCAUCGAUUUCAUCCCGGUGUCACCGGCGCCGUCGCCCACGCGGGGCAUCGGGAAGCAGUGUUUUUCACCAUCCUUGCAAAGUUUUGUGAGUAGCAAUGGAUUGCCUCCCAGCCCUAUUCCCAGCCCGACGACCCGAUUUACGACCCGGCGGAGCCAGAGCCCCAUCAACUGCAUUAGGCCAAGUGUUCUUGGACCAUUAAAAAGAAAAUGUGAAAUGGAAACUGAAUAUCAGCCAAAGAGAUUUUUCCAGGGCAUCACCAAUAUGCUUUCGUCUGACGCUGCGCAGCUGUCAGAUCCCAGCGUGUGUGUAUCUUCGGAUACCCUGGAUGGAAACAGCAGCAGUGCCGGCUCUUCCUGUAACUCGCCGGCGAAGGUCAGCACGACCACCGACUCUCCUUUGUCGCCUGCCCAGGCGACCUCUCCAUUUAUUCCUGUAGACGAACUUUCAUCCAAGUGAUGCGCCCACCCCGAGACUUUGGGUUUUUUUUUUUUUUUUUUUUUGCAAUGGGGAGUGAAACAAAAAAUCAAGUUGGAGCAAGCACUGAACUUUGUUGAUUAAUUUGAGGCUAUUUCCUAUUUAACCCUUUUCCUUUUUUGGAAUUUCCUGCAAUGUUGUUAUUCUAGAAAACUAACGUGCAGUUCCUGCAGAUGCCCUUGAAUUCAGUGUAGUAAUAUUUUCAGACGUUUUCCCAAUGAGUGUGUGGAAGCAUACAUCUUUACGCUGCUAAUAUGUCUCAAUACAUAUGUUAUCCCUUGAUUUUUUUAAAUAAUCGAGAGCUCUAUUUAUUUAUUGGAUUAUUAAGUUCUGAUGAAAAUAUAAGUGUUGAAUUAAUCAGCAUAGUAAACUGAUGUUUUAAAAUUCCGUAUUUCAUGCCCACACGAAUUUUUAAUGUUAUUUUUAGUGAUUGCUAAUUUCCACUUGAUAAAGAACAAUAUUACCUAUAUUAAGCUUUUUUUUUUUUUUUUAAAUAUAGUUAGAGCAUAUCAAUCUAGUGGUUGUCUGUUUUGCCCAGGAAUCCUUGGAUAUUUAAUUUCCUGGGUACAGAGGUGGAUGGGAGGGAGGUGAUAAAAGAAUAUAAAAGUUUGCAACAAAUCUUUUAGAAUUAAAUAUAUAAGAGCAAAUGUAUUUAAGAAAAAGCAUUUUCUAAUGAAAUUUUAAUAGUAAUUCUCAAGUUCUGCAAAUAUCACUAUUAGACAGAAAAUGCUAUUUUCUCUUUUUUACUGGAAAGUGCACCCUCUUGGGUGUAAUCCUAAAAUGAGAUUGGACAGUGCCUUGCAGUCUUAGCUUCUUUGAACUGCUGCAAACUUAAACGUUUUUCAAAUGUAGACAAUGUGUGGGAAGCCCCAUGGAACUUCAGCCGAGCACCCAGGCAAACAAUACUGUCAACUGUUGAUAGACUUUAAAAUAUCCAAUCGUGCCUCAGUUCCGAAAAUCCUUGCCAAGAAGGAGCCAGAGCAACUUUUGGCUGCUUUUCUGCUUUGCCCGUCUGUUACCUUCCUCGUUUUCCCUUGCUCAGGAAGGAAGCAGCUGUUUCCUUGCCAACAGGUCCUUCCUCUGCACCUCCCACCCAACUAGGGCACCAUCGGUCAGACGCAUGUCCAAUGUGACUUAGAUUUCGGACAGGGGCAGCAGGACUAUGGAGUUGUCUCUGGAGCCUCUGGUUCAAGCUGCAGCAGCUGGAGUUGACCGCCUUGGGGAUGCCAGUUGAUUAAGGGUCAAGGACUUUGCAAGAGAAAAAUCAGUGGAGAGCCACGUAGGUAAAUCAUUGUGGAACUUAGGCUUUGUUAAAGGUAGAACUGUGGGAUGUGCUUUUCUUUGCUUUUUCCAGUGAAAACAGAAUAUCAAGAUAUUUAAUAAGAAUAACAGAUGUUUUAUAUUACACAUUAAUUAGAUGGGUAGAUAGAAUGGCAGACAAAAGGGGAAGGGGGGUGGGAACAAAAGGCUCAAAGAGAGACCAAGACAGAAACUCCAACUUAUUUUUUUAGGUCAUUGCCUACAGAGACUUUAACAAUUAUGUGGAAUUUUUACAACUAUGAGAAUAAAAGGAACUGGUCAACUCUU